AGCAGCAGCAGCAAAGCGGAACCAAUGUGCUGGGAGCGGAGUUCCGGCCGGACACAGUUAGCAGACGGACCUGCAUUGCAGCCAGAUCCUGGUGUUCUAUCAUUUCCAGCCGUAAGAAGAGAUGGAUGACUUGGGCUGCCCGAGGUGUAAAACCACAAAAUACCGAAACCCCUCACUGAAGCUACUGGUGAAUGUCUGCGGACACACACUAUGUGAAAGUUGUGUGGAAUUACUGUUUGUCAGAGGUUCCGGUACCUGCCAGGAAUGCAAUACUCCACUCCGGAAAAGCAACUUCAAGGUUCAGCUCUUCGAGGAUCCUACUAUUGAUAAAGAAGUGGAGAUUCGGAAGAAAAUUUUGAAAAUCUACAAUAAACGAGAAGAUGAUUUUCCCUCACUGAGGGACUACAAUGAUUUCUUGGAAGAAAUUGAAGAAAUAGUAUACAACCUGACCAACAAUGUGGAUAUUGAGGACACAAGAAGAAAAAUCGAUUUGUACAAAAAUAAUAAUAAGGAAACAAUCCAAAAAAACAAGGUUAAAAUGACUAGGGAGCAGGAGGAACUGGAGGAAGCUUUGGAAUUCGAGAAGCAAGAAAAUGAACAGAGGAAAAUGCAUCUGCAAAAAGAGGAACAACUACAACAGAUGUUAAAAAGGAAAAAUAAGCAAGAACUUCUGGAUCAGCUGGAGACUUCUCACCUUCCUGCAUCCAUUGUGUUGGCUCAGCACAAAGGCAAGUCCAGCCAGAUAGAAAUGCAGAUCGAAAAACCCAAGCCAUUAAAAACAGUUACGUUUUCCACCGGCAUCAAAAUGGGUCAUCAUAUUUCUUCCGUCACAAUUCCAAAGGUGGAAGAAGCUUUGUAUAAGUACCAUCCUAUUCAGAUUGAGACACACGGACCAGCAGUUCCACCAAUAGAAACGCUAAGCAGACAGGGGUAUCUAAACCAUGUACGAGCCACCGCUCCACAGGAUCUUGCCGGAGGCUAUACUUCCUCUCUUGCAUGUCACAGGGCACUGCAAGAUGCUUUCAGUGGCCUGUUUUGGCAGCCACAUUAGCCCACGUACUUUAGUCUGAAGAAUACGGACGUUGGCAUGAAACCAGGAUGUAACACAAGCGAAUCUGGUAAAAUUACUGCCAUCUGCAUCAUGGUUAAGCUGCUGUGCACUUUAAUAAAGACAGCUGUGUUUAAGGGAAAGAAAAAAUAAAGACAGAAAUAAUAAAGGGGUAUUUUUUUUGAAAGCUGCAUAAAACCCAAUACAUUUUUUGGUCCUGUAUUACCGCUGUGAGCAACUGAAACAACAAGUCCCGUCGGACAGCAGCAGUGAAUAAUUCCAUUUAUAUCAUUGGGAUUUCUCGAAGAAGUUGUAAAUUUUCUGUUUAUUUUUAAAUAAAUCCAGCUUUUAUUAG